CAGGUUUAUCAGGUCUCACUCCGUCCUCCUCUAGUUCCAGAGCAGCUGGGGGGGUGGGAGGUGGGGGGGGGGGGGAGAAUCUGCAAGUCCUUUAAAAGCCUGUGUGCCUCGCCCGGCCUCAGCUCUUUGCAGUUAGUGGUGGAACGUAGGAGAAGCUGCGGCCUCCGACACAGUGAACUAGCACCUCUUGUUUGUUUGCUUGCUUUGCUUUUAGUUCCUCCACGCCAAACCCACCCACCCACCAAGGAACCCUGAACCUGUCCAUCACAGGCGAAUCGAGACCUUCCGGCUGGGUUCCCCCCAUUUGGGCCGACUUUGCGCCUCCAAACAACCUUAGCAUGAUGUCUUAUCUUAAGCAACCGCCUUACGCAGUCAAUGGGCUGAGUCUGACCACUUCGGGUAUGGACUUGCUGCACCCCUCCGUGGGGUACCCCGCCACACCCCGGAAACAGCGGCGGGAGAGGACCACGUUCACCCGCGCACAGCUCGAUGUGCUGGAAGCGCUGUUUGCCAAGACCCGGUACCCAGACAUCUUCAUGCGGGAGGAAGUGGCCCUGAAAAUCAACUUGCCCGAAUCCAGAGUGCAGGUAUGGUUUAAGAAUCGAAGAGCUAAGUGUCGUCAACAACAGCAGCAACAACAGAAUGGAGGUCAAAAUAAAGUGAGGCCUGCCAAGAAGAAGACAUCUCCAGCUCGGGAAGUGAGUUCAGAGAGUGGAACAAGUGGCCAGUUCACUCCCCCCUCUAGCACCUCAGUCCCCACCAUUGCCAGCAGCAGUGCUCCUGUGUCUAUCUGGAGCCCAGCUUCCAUCUCCCCACUGUCAGACCCCUUAUCCACCUCCUCUUCCUGCAUGCAGAGGUCCUAUCCCAUGACCUAUACUCAGGCUUCAGGUUAUAGUCAAGGAUAUGCUGGCUCAACUUCCUACUUUGGGGGCAUGGACUGUGGAUCUUAUUUGACCCCUAUGCAUCACCAGCUUCCUGGACCAGGGGCCACACUCAGUCCUAUGGGUACCAAUGCAGUUACCAGCCAUCUCAAUCAGUCCCCAGCUUCUCUUCCCACCCAGGGAUAUGGAGCUUCAAGCUUGGGUUUUAACUCCACCACUGAUUGCUUGGAUUAUAAAGACCAAACUGCCUCCUGGAAGCUUAACUUCAAUGCUGACUGCUUGGAUUAUAAAGAUCAGACAUCCUCGUGGAAAUUCCAGGUUUUGUGAAGACCUGUAGAACCUCUUUUUUGUGGGUGAUUUUUAAAUAUGCUGGGCUGGACAUUUCCAGUUUUAGCCAGGCAUUGGUUAAAAGAAUUAGAUGGGAUGAUGCUCAGAAUCCUGAUCAAAGUUCCAAGAGGCAUAGAAGGAAAAUUGAAGGGCCUUAGAGGGGCUUACCAACCAGCAACUGAAAUGGACAAACCAAUCUACUUAAGAUCCUGUCAUAGUUUUAGAUCAUUGGUUUUCCUGAUUUCCAAAGUGAUCAAUCAAACAUUCUAGCCAUGUGCAACCCAACACUACAUUAAAAAAAAAAAAAAAUCAAACAAAACUAAGUUGUGAGGGAAGGGCGGGAAGGCCAGAGCCUUCAGAAGCAGAGGUGAUCUAAUGUUUUAGCCAAUCCUUGGUUGAUUCUUAGGAAUGAACAGUGUCUCAAGCUCAUUCACGUUUCAUGACCAACUGGUAGUUGGCACUGAAAAACUUUUCAGGGCUGUGUGAAUUGUGCGACUGAUUGUCCUAGAUGCACUACUUUAUUUAAAAAAAAA